GGCGGGAAAGGCAGACCUCGCUGAGCGCCUCGCUUCCGCAAGACACCCUUGCGGCGCCCUGCACGAGGUCCGCCGAGGCCAAGGCGCUGACGCCGCCCGAGGAAGCCGAGCUGCCGGCCGAGGGAGCCGGGGAGGCUAUUCCGGGGCGUGGCUUCUCUGCCCGCGGCCAGGAAGAAGAUGCAAGCCGGCCCCAUCCGCAUCCCAACUGUCAGCAAUGACACCGACUGGGACUUCUGCUUCCAUCUCUCACAGCAAACCAGGAUCCUAGCACACCAGCAGACGGAUGAGUUGUAUCCGGCGACUGGGUCUGGAGAGAGUGAAGAAGACACUAAGGCCAAGGAGGAGAAGACCACAGACUGCAUGUCUCCUCCCAAAGAGAGACUGGCCCAGUCGCAGAAGAAAAUCGCUCAGCUGAUUAAAGGGAAAAUGAAUACCCAAGCAAACAAGGAGCUGAUUCGCUGCGCUAUCCUUUCUCGGAUUAUUUUUGGGGAAGAACACUGGAAAUGUGCACAGGCUUUGGCCUGCCUGGCUUAUGGCUAUCUGACACUGAGAGGCCUCCCAGCUCAGGCCAAGAAACAUGCUGAGUCUGCCAAGAACACACUGCUGACCUGGAAGGGAAAAACGACCUCAGACAAGGAAAGAAAGGAAAUCCUGGAAGCUCUGGUCAUGCUCUACUACACCCUGGGGGUGGCCUGGCUCCUGCAGAACCAUGGCAGAGAGGCCUAUUUCAACCUGCAGAAGGCAGAGAGAAACAUGAUGGAGCUGAAAGAAUUAUAUCGGAGAGGCGUUUGUGGAUUACAAGUCUCAGAGAAAGACCUAACAAUUGCUUUGGGCAGAGCUUCCUUGGCCAUCCAUAGGUUGAACCUAGCUCUGGCAUACUUUGAAAAGGCAAUUGGCAACGUUAUUGCUGCUAAGGGGGAUAGGACGUUGGAUCUGGUCAGUCUGUACCAGGAAAUUGCUCAGAUGGAGCAGCUGCGGAGGAACCACGACCAGGCCAUCCAGUACUUGCAACAGGCCCAUUCUAUCUGUGUUUCUUUGUUCACUGAAGUCAGCCCCCAAACCGCAGAGGCAAGUGCAUUACUAGCCAAGGCUUAUGCCAUGUCUGGAGAGAUCCAACACAAGGAUGCUGUUGAAAUAUAUUUUAUAAAAAGUAUCAGUGCAUAUCAAACAACAUUGGGCCCAGAGGAUUGUGAAACACUGACGACAAUUGAAGAAUUUUGCAAAUGGCUUGUCCAAAAUGGGGAAAAACGGGAAGCUUACAGACUCCUAAAGGCUUCAUUGAAGUCUCAGAUGAUCAGCUAUGGUGACUGUAGUGAAAGAAUGGCUGAAACUUUUUAUAAUAUGGGCAGGAUCUGCUUUGCCAAAGGAGAGCUCAGAAAGGCAAUUCAGCUGCUAAGGAAGUGUCUGAUGAUUCAAAUCCUUUUAUAUGGAAGUGAGCAUAGUAAAAGCAGAGACACAAAAAACCUCCUUACUCUAUUGCAGAGGGAUUCUGACUUGGAUGAAUUUGAGAAUAUAUUUGGACACACCUGGUCAGCAGAUAUUGAGUUUUUUACAAGACCCUCCACCAGCAAAAAGAUUACUACUCACUUAAGGCUCAGAUGAUGGGUGAGUAACAGUUCGUCCAGAUGGAGAAGAGAAGCCGUUCCAGGAAGAAGGAACUCUAUAUGCAAAGGUAUAGAGGCAUGACCGAGGGCAGUGUAUCGAAGGAAUGGUCUUCUGUUAUGAGUAAAGAGAAAACCUCUAUACAAGAUAGCCAACAAUAAAGCCAACUUUGUUGACAAAAAUUCUGGACCACAAAAUAUAUUCAUCAACGCAUAAGAGUGGUGGAUCAAAAGCAGAACAACUAAGGACCCCGGGGGAAAAAGGUCCACUCAGCAGCAGCAUCACAGGUAAAAUACCCAAGAGCCACUAGAAACCAGGAUCCUGAUCACUAACCUGGGGGCAAGAAAGCUUUUUUUAAACACCUGCUUCAUUUAAGUUAGUUUCUUCCGUUUCUGGGACUCCAUUACCUUCCAUUUCCCUUUUUCUAACUCUUAAUUUCAUUCUUUUCAAUUCUGAUUUUUUAAAAAAUCCCACAAUACCUAAGUAGUUUACUGUUGAACACUUGAAUAUGCCAUUUGGAAGUAGUUUUAAUCAUAACUUGUUUGAGGUCACUAAGAGUGCUUUGUGAGAAAAUGUUUGACCCUCUGAAACAGUUGCCCUGAUCUGAUGUACUACAGUCAUACCGUGUUAGAGCCAGAAAGGGUUUUUUGAUUGUUAUAAAUGAAGAAACUAGGGACAACAGAGAGUGAUUUGUUCAAGGUCAGUGUGGUAAUUAUAAGGCAGACUUCCUGCAUCACACAUGAUCAUUCUCUUUCCAUCCUCCUAUGCUACCCCCACCAAACUGGAUUAAAAAGGCGUGUGUUAGGAAAGGAAUGCUCACCGAGGUGGUUCAAAAAAAAAUCCUUAGCCCCUGAACCACUGUGUAUCCAGGAAAAGAAAGUGGCAAUCUCGAAUUCUAUUUCUUUCUUCUUUGUGCAUUCAGGGACAAAGGAGAAAUCAGAUUCAUUUGAGUCUUCACUAUAAAAAACUUUUUCCUUUUUCACUGUUUCUGUUACCUGAGCUGAUUUAAUGGAGCUCAAAGACCCUGUGUCUUUGGGGAUCCAUGUGUCUAUCAACAUCUCUGUCACUCAGUGCUUAUGGAACCACAUUUUCGUUCUUCAUUCAAGAAAUUGCUUCAUUUCAGUCACUUGUUCAGUCUGUAAGACCUAAUAAUCAACCAGUACCUGAGGUAUAGUAGUAAGCAGUGUUCUACUGCAGCAGUAUAUAUACACUAAUUAAUCCAAUGGCUUGGCCCUAGACUGGUCGGCUUUCUCCUGGCAGCUGCCGCUCUCCCUUAGCUAAUUCCCAGAAGGCUUUAGGCUUGGCACUCAGCACCAAGGUCUCAGGUUGCAGCCCUGGCUGAAGGCAGCUAUAUUCCAUUGACCUUCUCUGCAGUGCUUAUUAACUGGUCAUCCAGCCUGUCACUGUUAAUUUUAGCCCUGUCUGGAGAUGGGACUGCUGUUCUUACCCAGAACAUGCUGAACUGACUAAAGCUGCCCUGGAAGAGUUGCUUCCAUUUUCAUAUAUCCAGUUGAAAAUGGAUUUUUAAGUGUCUGUGAUAAAAACAAAGUACUAGAAAGAAGUGGCCAUUCAGGCUCCAUUUUGGGUGGCACUAAAGUUUUUAAAAUUUUACUGUUUUGUGAGAACCCAAAGUGAGGUCUCCAAACUGACAAACCUGUAUCAAUAAAACAAUAGCAUGAAGUGUAACACUGUCAAAUAAAAUUUUAUGGUGUGACGCUGUUCUUGCAUUUGAAA